GGCACCUCCCCAGCAGAGCAAACCCCGCCCAACAGAUCCCAUGCGUUGGGGCCGAAAACACCCAGCUUUACAGCCAAAAAAAUCGUUCCUUUUUUCCUUAUUUUAAUCUAAUUUCUUACAACCCAUUUGUCUCGAAAAGCCCCACAUGCAUCAGAUCACAAGCGCGGGACGAAAGAUCAAGAAUUCAGUGGAAAUCUUGAUGCUUUAGAGCUCCCGAGGGCGAGGGAGGCUCCACUUUCCGGGAUUCGAAUUGGUAGUUGCUGGAUUACGAGGGGGAGUUUCCGUGACAUGGGUUUUCGUGAUAUAGGUUGAGAUCGAAAACCCAAGUUGUUAAAAUUCGCAGAACGCUAUAUAUAGAAGGAGUUUCAUCGCGAGUUGAGAAAGGGAAGGAAAAUUUCACAAUGGGGCACUUCAUUUCUGGAGUCUUGUUGCCUCUGCUGCUUUUGGCAGCUGCUUUAAUCAACUGGAGUUUGAUAUGUCUGGCAGAUUUGAUUGCAUUCCUCGUGUUUCUGUUUAACGUAUCGAAAUUGGGCUUUCGUCGUCAGAGGCCUCCCUGGUUGCUGUGGUCCAUCAUCAUGUUUUCAAUACUAGUAAUGCUCUGUGAAUCACUAUUUCUUAUCAUAUGGGCUAUCCAUGGGGGAAGAUGGAGUGAAGCAGAUGCUUCAUGGGCUAAGCUUUUUGGAUUCCUGACAGUCCACUCCUGGAAAAAGCCCUCAGCAAUUUACUUUUUGGCAUUACACCUUUUAGCAGUUACUGUUGCUUUUCUCCAAAUCAACUGGAAUAGGUUUGGUCCAAUUAUAUCGCCAGAUUCAUGUUGGGGGAGCUUUGUGUCUGUUAUUCAACAUUUGGGUUCCCGACUGAGGAUUGCUUUCUGUUUGGUGUUGCCUGCCAUCCAGCUUGUUGUGGGAAUCAGCUACCCUUCAUGGAUUUCUCUGCCAUUUUUUGUGGGCAGCUGUGUUGGCCUUGUAGAUUGGUCUCUAAGUAGCAACUUUCUUGGUUUAUUCAGGUGGUGGAGGGCACUUCAGCUUUAUGCGGGCUUCAACAUUGUUCUGCUUUAUGUGUAUCAGCUUCCCGUAGACUUCCCUGAGAUAUCAAAUUGGAUAGCUGACUUCAUUGGUUUAUAUAAAAUAUCUACUACUACUGAGUGGCCAAAGAUUUGUUCUGGUCUUUCCCUUGUUCUUUUCUAUAUGAUGCUAUCCCAUGUCAAAUGUAAUUUAGAGGAGAUGGAUCUCAUUCUAUCAACAAACGAGAGUAGUUUGACAGAGCACCUUCUUCCUUCCAAUUCAUUUUUCAUUCGUGAGUCGAGAUCCGGCGUAAGACAUACCAAUGUGCUAUUGAGGGGAUCAGUUUUUCGAACCUUCAGUAUCAAUUUUUUCGCAUAUGGUUUCCCGGUCUCCUUGUUUGCCCUCUCAUUUUGGAGUUUCCAUUUUGCCAGCAUAUGUGCCUUUGGCUUACUUGCAUAUGUUGGGUACAUUGUUUAUGCGUUUCCUUCUUUGUUUCGAUUGCAUCGAUUAAAUGGGCUUCUGCUGGUCUUCAUUCUCCUGUGGGCUGUGGCUACAUAUGUAUUCAAUGUAGCAUUUGCCUUCUUCAAAUGGAAGCUGGGAAAGGACACGGAAAUCUGGGAGAUGGUUGGUUUAUGGCAUUAUCCAGUUCCCGGAUUCUUUCUUCUUGCUCAAUUCUGUCUCGGUGUUUUAGUUGCCUUGGGAAAUCUUGUGAACAACUCUGUUUUCCUCAGCUUAUCUGAUGAGUAUGGGCAACAUCCAAAUGAUGACUCUUAUGGAGAAGUAGAGGAUACCAAAGUAUUGAUUGUUGCUACUGUUGCUUGGGGACUACGAAAAUGUUCAAGGGCUAUUAUGUUGGCUUUGAUAUUUCUCAUAGCAAUGAAACCUGGCUUCAUCCAUGCUGUAUAUAUGAUAUUUUUUCUGGUGUAUCUAUUGGGCCAUGAGAUCGGCAGACAGAUACGACAAUCCCUGAUCCUCCUUUGUGAGGCUCAUUUUGCACUGCUUUACAUUCUUCGGAUUAGUUUGAUUUCUAGAACUUUAGAAGAUACAUCCUCAUUGAGCAUGCAAAUUCUGUCCCAGUUAGGUCUUCUGGAUCGUGACAGUUCCUGGGACUUCCUUGAAAUCGCUCUGCUUGCUUGCUUCUGUGCGAUCCACAAUCAUGGUUUCGAUAUGCUAUUUUCCUUCUCAGCGGUUGUGCAACAUUCACCUAGCACCCCAAUUGGAUUUGGCAUUUUGAAAGCUGGUCUGAGCAAAUCAGUUUUGCUGUCCGUGUAUGCUUCUCCAAACACUAGAUGCACCCAACGAAAUGCUUCCUCUGAGAGAAGGAUUGCGUCGUUUCUCGGUGCAAUUGGGCAGAAGUUCCUAUCUGUGUAUCGCUCAUGUGGCACAUAUAUUGCUUUUUUGACAAUCCUUCUAACGGUUUACUUGGUGACACCCAAUUGCAUAUCGUUUGGCUACAUUUUGCUUCUCCUAUGUUGGAUCAUAGGAAGACAACUUGUUGAAAGGACGAGAAGACACCUUUGGUUUCCAUUAAAGUUUUAUGCAAUCACUGUGUUUAUCUUCAUAUACAGCUUGAGCAAUUUCUCCACCUUUGAGAUGUGGUUGUCGGGGUUGAUUGAUCUUCAGUUUUACUUGGCCUACAACUCAGAAGCUUUGCUGUUGCAGAAUAUUUGGCAGUCUCUUGCAAUCCUGAUUGUGAUGCAGCUUUACAGCUACGAGAGGAGACAGAGCAAGUAUAUCCAAUCUGAUAAUGCCAAACUUAUGGAAUUUGGAGUAGUUGGAUUUAUUAAGAGGCUCCUCAUUUGGCACAGUGACAAGAUAGUGUAUAUAGCAGUGUUCUAUGCAUCAUUGUCUUCAAUUAGUCUCUUUGGUUUUUAUCUGCUUGGUCUUGUCAUAUGUUCCCUUUUACCUAAGGGAUCUCGAAUCCCAUCAAAGUUAUUCCUUCUUUAUACAGGAAUUCUGGUGAUGACAGAAUAUCUCUUUCAGAUGUGGGGUGCCCUGGCAGGAAUGUUUCCUGGACAGAAUAACUUUAGUUUAGCCAAUUUCUUGGGUUUUGAGUUAUUUCAGUCAGGCUUUUGGGGUCUAGAAUUGGGUUUAAGGGGAAAAGUGCUGGUGAUAUCUGCUUGUACCCUUCAAUACAAUGUCUUCCGUUGGUUACAAAAAGUACCAACUCACAUUUUGAGCAAAGAUUACACCGAAGAACCUUGCCCUCUUUUUGUAUCAGCAGAAGUGUUUAGGGAUUUUUCUAAUUCAAACGGGGAAAGCAAGCCACCUGCAGAUUUGCCUGCAAUUCCUUGUGAAGCAGAAGGCGUGAGAGACAAUUUGUCUUCCUCAGCCUCUGGUUUUUCUCAAGCAUCAAAUAAUGUACCCAAAGCUGGAGGCUCUGCGGCUGGCAUUGCUAGAAAAUAUUCAUUUGGAUAUAUUUGGGGAAGCACCAGCGAAAGCCACAAAUGGAACAGGAAAAGGAUUAUCACCAUGAGAAGGGAGAGAUUUGAAACGCAGAAGACAAUCUUCAUAGUCUAUAUAAAGUUUUGGAUGGAGAACAUGUUUAAUCUCUUUGGUCUCGAAAUUAACAUGGUGGCCUUGCUCCUUGCCUGCUUUGCUUUGUUAAAUGCCAUUUCUAUGCUCUAUAUUGCACUUCUUGCUGCUUGCAUACUUCUAAAUCGCAAUGUCAUUCGGAAAUUAUGGCCAGCACUUGUCUUUUUGCUUGCUUCCAUUCUUGUCCUAGAAUACCUUGUCAUUUGGAAGAGCACACUAUCUGCCAAUUCGCAGACAUCAAGCAAGGCUGAGGUACAUUGCGAUGAUUGCUGGCAAAGUUCAAGCUCGCAUUUACGUUACUGUGAAAGUUGUUGGUUAGGUCUUACCAUUGAUGAUCCUUGUGUCCUGAUCAGUUACUUCAUCGUCUUCAUGCUUGCUUGUUUAAAACUUCGUGCCGAUCACAGGUCCAGCUUUUCAGGGUCAUAUACUUACAGAGAAGUGAUAUCUCAGCGCAAAAACAUAUUUGUAUGGAGAGACCUCUCAUUUGAAACUAAAAGCAUGUGGACAGUUCUUGACUACCUGAGGCUAUAUUGUUAUUGCCAUCUGUUGGAUCUCGUGCUUGCUUUAGUUUUAAUUACUGGGACCCUGGAGUACGAUAUAUUGCAUCUUGGAUAUCUUGCCUUUGCUCUGGUUUUCUUUCGAAUGAGACUCACUAUAUUGAAGAAGAGAAAUAGGAUUUUUAAGUUCUUGCGGAUGUACAACUUUGCAGUUAUUGUUCUAUCUCUUGCAUAUCAAUCUCCUUUUGUUGGGGAUUUUUGUGCCAAAAAAUGCAAGACAGUAAAUUAUAUAUUUGAGGUGAUUGGUUUUCACAAGUAUGAUUAUGGUUUCCGCAUCACCGCAAGAUCUGCACUGGUUGAGAUCAUCAUCUUCAUUCUCGUGUCAGUGCAAUCCUAUAUGUUUUCUUCCUCAGAAUUCGACUAUGUCUUCCGAUAUCUUGAGGCAGAGCAAAUUGGUACCAUUGUAAGUGAACAAGAGAAGAAAGCUGCAUGGAAGACUGCUCAGUUACAGCACAUUCGUGAAUGUGAGGAAAAGAAACGUCAGAGGAACACACAAGUGGAGAAAAUGAAAUCUGAGAUGCUCAACCUGCAAAUUCAACUUCAUAGUGGAAUCCCCACUGCAAACUGUGACAGCACUUCUCCAGGUAGCGAAGGGCUUCGGAGGAGAAGGAGCUCUUUAAUUUCAAAUAAAGAUGCUGGGAUGUGGGAUAAUGAGAAUAAAUUGCUGAGAAGACAAGAUCAUGCUGUUGGCGAGGAGUCUGUAUUUCCUUUCGAAUUUUAUGAUUCUCCUGCCAGUAUGAAUGCUGAAAGUCUUCCUGUGAUGAAUUCAGCUGAUCAUUCAUUUGAGUUUUCUCAUUGUGAGAUCACUGAGGCUGAGGAGGAUGUGGAGGUUCUUUAUAUGAUUCAGAUAAGAAAGAAAGUCAGAGGUCAAGCUAAGGAUAACCCUAUAGUUUCUGCUGUACAGCUUUUAGGAGAUGGUGUUUCCCAGGUCCAAUCUAUCGGAAACCAGGCGGUUAGUUCUCUUGUAACCUUCUUGAACAUCAUGCCAGAAGAUAUGGAUGCCAAUGAACCCACAUCACAAGAUGAUGGGAAGUAUGAAGAGAUGGAAAGCCAGAACAUGGGAUUUACAGAUUUGAAUCGUUCUUCAUCUCUGCAAUCUGAUAAGAGUGCUGAUGCUGCAAGUUUCCAACUAGGGAGGAUAUUAUAUCAUAUAUGGUCCCAGAUGCAGUCCAAUAAUGACAUUGUGUGUUACUGUUGCUUCGUUCUGGUCUUCCUGUGGAACUUCAGCCUGCUGUCAAUGGCAUAUCUUGCUGCACUCUUUUUGUAUGCCCUUUGUGUAAAUACUGGUCCUACUUAUAUUUUCUGGGUUAUUGUGUUGAUCUACACGGAAGUUUAUAUUCUACUUCAAUAUCUUUACCAAAUUAUUGUCCACCACCAUAUAUGGACUGCUGAUUCGGGCCUCCUUCAUGAGUUGGGAUUUCCUGAACAUAAAAUGACAUCUUUCUUUGUUAUUGGGAUACUGCCGCUAUUUCUAGUCUACCUAUUUACCCUCAUACAGAGCUCAAUAACUGCAAAGGAUGGUGAAUGGACGUCAUACACUGAGAUAAAUUGCCAUAGGGUGAAUGCUCUGUGCAGAAAAGAGGUCCUUGUCAGGGAUAGCUUGAGCAAGAAGGCUGAAGAGCUGCUGUGCCACAUGAUAAACAUGGUUAAAAUGACGAUCAGAAACUUCUUUUGGUACUGGAAGUCACUGAUACAGGGGGCAGAAUCUCCACCUUACUUUGUUCAGGUGUCCAUGGAUGUUGGUUCAUGGCCUGAUGAUGGGAUUCAGCCAGAGAGAAUAGAAUCUGGAAUCAACCAAUUGCUGAGAAUAGUUCACAGUGAGAGAUACACGGAUAGAAAUCCUCAUCUUUGCCCAUAUUCUAGUAGGGUUCAUGUUCAAAGCAUUGAAAGAAGCGAAGAAAAGACGAAUAUAGCUUUGGCAGUUUUUGAGGUGAUAUAUGCCUCACCUCCAACAGAGUGUACUUCUGCAGAAUGGUACAGGUCAUUGACUCCUGCAAGUGAUGUAGCAAAAGAGAUUACUUUUGCACAGCAAUCUGGAUCUGUUGAAGAAAUGGGAUUUCCUUAUAUCAUACUUUCUGUAAUAGGAGGUGGCAAAAGAGAAAUUGAUCUGUAUGCCUAUAUUUUUGGUGCAGAUUUGACUGUUUUCUUUUUGGUGGCUAUUUUCUAUCAAUCUGUUAUAAAGAACAAAAGUGAGUUUCUUGAUGUAUCUCAGCUCGAGGAUCAAUUUCCGAAGGAAUUUGUCUUUAUACUAAUGAUAAUCUUCUUCAUGAUCGUGGUUGACCGCAUAAUUUACCUAUGUUCAUGUGCGCUGGGGAAAGUGAUUUUUUAUCUUUUUAGUCUCAUUCUUUUCACAUACUCAGUAACUGAGCAUGCCUGGCGCUUGGGGCCUUCCCAGCAACAAGCUGGAGUUUUAGCUCUUCGUGCUAUAUAUGUAGCAAAAGCUGUUUCUUUGUCAUUACAAGCCAUACAAGUACGCUAUGGCAUUCCUCAUCAAAGCACCUUGUAUCGACAGUUUUUGACCAGUCGCGUCUCUCGGGUCAAUUACUUAGGCUAUAGGUUGUAUCGAGCUUUGCCAUUCCUUUAUGAGUUACGGUGCGUGCUGGACUGGUCAUGCACAACCACAUCCUUGACUAUGUACGACUGGCUAAAGUUGGAAGACAUUUAUGCGAGCCUAUACCUGGUCAAGUGUGAUGCAGUCUUAAAUAGAGCCAAGCACAAACAAGGAGAGAAGCAGACCAAAAUGACCAAAUGUUGCAGUGGCAUCUGUCUAUUUUUCAUAUUGAUAUGUGUUAUCUGGGCCCCAAUGCUGAUGUACAGCAGUGGUAACCCGACUAAUAUUGCAAAUCCCAUCAAAGAUGCCAGCGUUCAGAUUGAUAUCAAGACCAUCCGUGGAAGGUUAACUUUGUAUCAAACCACUUUAUGUGAGAAGCUCCCAUGGUACGAGCUCAACACUGAUGUUGAUCUAGAUCCUGAAGGUUACUUGGAUACUUUUGAUAAGAAUGAUAUCCAAUUGAUAUGCUGCCAAGCUGAUGCAAGCGAGUUGUGGCUUGUCCCCAAUGUGGUUCAGUCUGGAUUUUCUAAGUCCCUUGAACAUGAUGUGGACAUGGGCAUAUCGUUUACCUGGGUACUUACGAGGAACCGACCCAAAGGAAAGGAACUUGUGAAGUAUGAGAGGCCUGUCGAUUCUCAGGAUCUUCCAAAUAGAGAAAAUAUCCAAAAGGUCCUCAAUGGCUCCAGCAACGGCUUUAGGAUACAUAAUAUCUAUCCCAGGUACUUCCGUGUCACAGGUUCCGGUGAAGUCAGACCUCUUGAACAGGAGGUUAAUGCAGUUAGUGCAGACCUUGUCAUGAAUCGUGCAGAACAGCCGUGGUGGUCCUUCCAUGAUAUAAAUUCAUCAGACGUCAGUGGAUGUGGAGGAUUGAAGGGACCAAUGGCAAUUAUAGUGUCUGAAGAAACACCCCCCCAGGGCAUCCUUGGUGACACGCUUAGCAAGUUCAGCAUCUGGGGCCUCUAUAUUACUUUUGUGCUGGCUGUCGGUCGCUUUAUCAGACUCCAGUGUGCUGACUUGAGAAUGAGAAUACCCUAUGAAAAUCUUCCUUCCUGCGACAGGUUGAUGGAAAUUUGCGAGGAUAUAUAUGCUGCAAGAGCAGAAGGUGAACUUGGAGUGGAGGAGGUCCUUUAUUGGACACUAGUUAAGAUUUACCGGUCCCCACACAUGCUUCUUGAGUAUACCAAACCUGACUAGGUCAUGCAAAACAGGAUCCGAAUCUUGAUCUGAUCUGACUUGGGAGUUUGGCUAGCAUUCAGUUGAGAAGCUGACAACAUGCUUCAUGGAUUGGAGCUAAUGAGCUGCAGGACCUGUGCUCCUUAUUCAGAGGAUUCAGAGGACUUAGUCUGUUUCUUGAUAAGAAAUAGGCCUUGCUCUUCUGAUUCACAUUGGUCAGUGUUCAUCGAGGAUUGUUCUUUUAAUGCUAGUUCUCCCACUGGUUAUUCUAUGGCCAAAUCACAGGUUUUUCCAAGCAACUGAAGGUGACCUUUUGCCUCUAGGCUUAGAUGUACAUACCCUGUUACUGCCCGUGUAAGUUGCUGAGUUUUGAUAUUAGAAGAGAAAUGUAGGUUCCUAGAAGGUGAUAUUUGGUGAACCCUUGAUAACAUUCUUUUGUUUGUAAAUACUUUGGAACAAGUUGGGAAAAAAUAGUUUCUCCAAUCUAAGCAAGUUUGUGAAAUGGAAUAUCUGUGGCUGUCCCAAAGACUUCUGUCUACUUAUCUUGCAGAUUGGAGCUUUGUGCUGUGCUUUGCUUUGGGGAAGAACUUGCGAUACUUACAUUGGUGGAAACACAAGCUUUUGUGAUAUUUUCUCAAGGAAGACACAAGUGGGAAAAUGGGGAGGUAAGAUCAGCACCAUGCACUGGGAAGAAACAAGAGCUUUUCAUAUGCUUACUAUCUGCAUGAAUAAAGGAGGGAAUGGAAGUUGGACCCUGUAAAGACAUUUUGUCAACUAAACUGACUUUCUUCAUAGCAAAGGUAGACGGAUUAAUAGUUAUCCACAUGAUCACCUUUGGUCCAGUCAUUCCUCACAAUUGAAACAUGAGAAGUUUCCAUCCAAUUAGUCGUUUUUUGGAUUGGUAGUUUAAUUUGUUUGAAAGACCAAUACCUGCUUCAAUAAUGAAAUUGACAGAUGGAUUGUGCUUUGAA